UCAGCAAUCAAAAGCAAACGAAUUUUACAAGCAGAGGCCAGCAAGCAGUGAAAAAGGCGAUAAAAAAGUCAUCAGGCUGUGGAUUUGCUUUAUUUUCCAAAAUUCGAAUCUUCCUGAUUCAGGCCAAGUUUACGUGAGUUUUUUCUUGGUGACAUAAGUCACCUGUUUGGAUGAAACUUUUGGGGAAAGUUAUAGAUCUGUUAAAUCAUCAUCACAAAAAGAGGCCAUCAUUGGUUGCAGUGCUUCUGUUGGGAACGAAUCUGUAGAGAGAAGCAGCACAAGGAAGCCAUCAUCGUGAGUGUUCUGGAUCGGUAAUACCAGUCGAAGAGGAGACGGCUUUAAACGGAGUAUACGACAUAAAUAGAGGUUACGGGCGGAAACGAUUUAUUAAGUAUUGACCAACAAGCUUUGUAACUACGGAAUAUGGCACAAAACAUCAAUCCGGAACGUGCUGCUUCUUCCAAUCCAUCGAAACAGAACGAUGAAACGCUGAUAAAUAAUAAUAAUCAUGCCGUUAGUAAAAGACUCCAGAAGGAGCUGAUGGCGCUGAUGAUGUCAUCGGAAAAAACCAUCUCGGCGUUUCCCGAGGGUGAGAACUUCUUCAAAUGGAUCGGCACCAUAUGUGGUCCGGAGGAAACCGUAUACAAAGGCCAGAAGUAUAAACUACUGCUAGAGUUUCCCAACUCGUAUCCUUACUCGGCGCCGAACGUCAAAUUUCUAACACCCUGUUUCCACCCAAACGUGGACCUUAGCGGUUCAAUCUGCCUGGACAUACUGAAAGACAAGUGGUCCGCACUGUACGAUGUUCGAACGAUUCUGCUCUCCAUCCAAUCGCUGCUUGGUGAGCCAAACAACGAUAGUCCGCUAAACUCACAAGCAUCGCAGAUGUGGGCCAACCAAGCUGAGUACAAGAAGUAUCUGGACGAGUUUUAUGAGAAACAUAAAGAAGCCUAAAGCUCGGCGGAUUUGUAACAAGAGUAUGUAGGGGUAGAAUGAACGCGAUAUGCAAUGAUAAUGAGCGAAAGUGCGAAAGGAGUCGCGAGAGUUGCACACUCUACACAAAUAAUAGAAAAAACCUACACAUUCGGAUGCGAGAAGAAAAAAUCAAAUCGCGAUUAUUAAACGUCGGUCAAAGCGGAACAAUGUGAAAAUAUUAAUUUGAUGAACGAUUCACAUGACCCUACUAUCGAGUAAAUCGUUCAGAACCCCUAGGGAACAGAAACAGUCCCCAGUUAUUUUAAAACACCGAUAUAUUUAUUACGAAAAAUCGACUAAAAUGUUUAUUGUAUAAUUGAUUUAUGUACUUUGAUCUGUUUUGGGUAUAAUUUAUUUUAACGCCAAAAUUGACUUCUCAUUAGUGUUAAACAUACAACUCAAAAUGAUCCUGAAUGAAAUAGAAUCACAUACACAAAUUUAGCAGCAGGGAAACAAAAGCAAAUAUUCAUUCAUCCGCCGAUGCCUAAAUGAAAAACUUCAAAUGAUUCCAAAGUAACGCCUUGUUCAUUUUGUCAUAACCAUAGCCGAAAAGUAGCGUACGGAACUGACACUGAUCAAAUCGAAUCACACUCAUGUACAUGCCAGUGCCCAUUCCUUUCAAAAUCGAUUUACGAGUAGUUUAUGCUCAUUUAGUAGUCAAUAGACAAGACAAACUGUUCACAGUAUUCAACCUGCCGCAAAACAGUGGAAAAGAUUUACUCUCUCUCUCUUUUGUAUCAUGUUUAGUUGUUUUUUUUCUCGUAGCUUUCAAUAGAUUAAAAAUAACAAGAUACAGGUAGUGAGGACUGCACACAUCAGAGCACUUUUGCCAACAAAAGCAACACUCCGCACGUUGUAUUUUCCGCUUAUUUUCACUCUAAUUACUAUUUCUGUAUUUUAUUAUAGUUUAGGUAUGCAAUUGAUAUCUGUAAACGUAAAUAAAUUACAACUAUAUA